CUGGGACAAAACGCCGACUCUCGUGAGGCGCAGAAUGGUGUACACUCGCCGCACGGCGACGUCCAAGCUGGACCCCGAACUCAAGCAUGUGUGGGAGAGGGGCAAUGAGGAGAGCAGGGACUUCAAGACAACAUCAGCCGGUGAGCGAAGCUGUAAGGAAAGAGGGCCGGGGCUGCAGCCCUACUACGCACACAUCGGGCAUUCUUCUGCCUCCCACACAAAUGGACAUGCACAUGCAGAGAUGAGUGAAGAUGUGGAGGAGUUUCUUCGCUGGCGACAGGAGCGUCUGCAGUCCCGCAAGGAGUUCGAGAUGAGCCAGGGGGUGGGCGACGAGGCCGUCAGCGACGACCCCAUCGUCACAAAGGUAACAUGAAACACACAUACAGGGGCUCAACAGGCUGUCCAUUCCUCUUGAUGCUCUUUCUCCCCCGCAGCUUGCCAACGAUAUCAUCAAGAAUGAGAGACGUAGGCAUACGUACAAACAGACAGACAGACAGACAAACAGGCAAACAGGACCUCCUGAUCGUCUUAUGUGGUUGUGCACCAUGUGUGUCUGUGCCCAGGUGGCAAGGACAUGCCUCACCGCCGUGACAACGUCCGUGAGCUGUUCUGUGCACCAACAGACAAGACCGAUUCGACGCAGAAGAGCACACACAGUAAGGCAGAGGACAAUCCAUAUGCGGCACACUGACGGCUCAGCUGUCUGUUAUGUGCGUGUAUCAGUUUGGGACUCCCUUUUCACCAACGAAAUGAGCAAACGCAACCCGUGAGCCAUUUCGUUUGCGCAGCACAUGUCAUGUCUCCAUUUCGUUUGCACAGCAAUGUCAUGUCUCGUCACACAGCAAUAUGCGCCCGUGUGCGUGUCUGUAUUGCCUUGUGUACGUCAGUGCCUACUGCAAGCAGAAAUACGAGGAAAAGCGCUUUCUGGAAGAUAAAGGUGGGAAAGCAGAAGACGUGCCUGUACCGCGAAAACAUCGAGACACGCAUCUCCACUCUGUGUGUUCCGUGUUUUCAGUGCGGUACAAGCACACCAUGCGUGCCUGAGUGGGGUGGGGGGUCCAUCGCGUAACCAAUUCAUGGGUGUUUCGAUCCAUUGCGUAGUGUGCGCAUGAACGGACUAUCGAAUGCAUGCCAUUACAUGGUGUCUCUGCGGUUGUGCAUGCGCUGACGUACACUUGGUUGAUUUCUGUGGCCCCCGCCCUGUAAUACUCCUUCAGGCUCUUGAUGUGUCAACUC